AUGUUCAUCCAAUAUUCCGCCUCAGUAACACACCCCACCCAGCUUGGGAAUGCUGCUCCACCCCCCAUCCAACCAUUUAAAGAAGCGAUAACUUUAUUCUGCACGCGCUUCCAACCGUCUCUACCCCAAGAUGCCCUCUUCUGGUUCAGCUCGGCUGCAUCCGAUGCUUUAGAAUACCUUCAAGAGCAGCUUCGGAUUCUCCGGAAUCUAGACUCAAAGGGUGUUCUGCAACUUUACACGGAUCAGAUUCCACCAGCGCUAAGAAUGCAUGACGAAGAUUUUGUGAGGCAUCUGACAAGUUUGCUGGUUGGUGCUGGUGCUGCAUGUAGUGUCUCGGUUGUCGACACACGAAUCGUAAUUGGGAUGACACUCCCGCACGAUAUGGGGAAAAGACUUGGCGGCUGCGGGGAUAUGAGGUUCGAUUGGGCCGAGACUUUUGAAAGACCUAGAGAUUAUGAAAUCGAAAAACCGUUGAAAUCAAAACUAGAACGUGAAGAGAUCAGGAACCGGGGAUGUUUAACCCAACCAACAUUGAGCUUCGAACAGAGACUGAUAUCAUGGACUGGUGGUUUAGUGUAG